UGAAACCAUAUGUGUAGAGUCGUGAUAAUUACCAAAAUCUUUAAAUUUUGGCGUUCCUAAAAUGGAUUAGCUGAUGAAAGGACAAAGUGUGGAUGUUAGUGAAACAGAUUGUUUCAUGAUGGCGUCAUAUUUUUCAACAUUAGUUAGUGGGGCCAUGGACUGUAUAGGUUACUCAGAACAAAGUAUUAUAUUAAGAGCGAAGACUUUUAAAGAGUUCUAUGAUAUUUUGAGUCAACACGUCGAAGAAACUUUUCAUAUGGAAAUAAUUUUAGCCGGGAGUAAAUCAGAAGGAGUUGUACCAUACCAUGCCAGCGACCUUGACAUUAUGUGUAUUUUACAAUCCUGCAUUUAUGUUGAUCAAGGUCAGUUAGAAGACAAGCUUACCGUAAUCGAAACUUAUAUGAAAAAUUGUCCAUCGGGAUAUACCAAAUUACGACCAUUACAUAUCGAAAAUACAGGCAUAUCUUUAAUGUUGUAUUUAUUCUCUGUGUAUGGAAUUUCUAAUGGUGUUUUGUUUUUGAAAAGCGUUGCUCUUUCAGAAAUUCUCUUAAAAUAUUCCGACAAUUUUCUUCAUUUCUAUGACGGAUACAAUGGAGUAAAUAAAUCUCUAUCUGGACCCGCUUUGGCUAUAACUUAUCAGCCUAGUGUAGUUAUGGACGUGCAACAAAGUAAUGUUUAUAGCGAUCAAGUUCUUGCCAUACGUUACUAUUCGUCUAGCAUCAUGCAGGAAUGGGCGGAGCGUAACAGGCAGUUUGAUUGGCCGCCGCCUGAUGUCAUAGAAGAUGUUUCUACAACAGAAGGAUAUGUUGUACCUGUCGGACAUAAGCUCAGCGAAGGACAAAGCCUCGAAUGGAGAAUAUGCUUUACUACUGGGGAAUGUAAAUUGGUCGCAAGUUUUAAUGCAACACAACUUAAGUUGUAAGAUUUGUUAAAACUGACUGUGAAAGAAAUCCUGAAACCAGCAGUUGACUGUGUCAGCUCCUACAUGGUAAAGAAUCUUGUAUUUUGGCUAAUGGAACAUAAUCCAACGUUUGUCUUCACCCCAUCAAUUCUGACGAAAUGUGUCAUACACGCUUUAUGGUUUUUAUUCGACUGUCUACGUAAUAACAAUCUACCAAAUUACAUGAUACCUAAUAGAAACCUUUUCAUUGGAAAGGUACAGGCAAACAAAAACAAGGAGUUAAAAACCUUGUAAGAGAACUUUUAAACGAGGGUGAGACACUUGUCUUUAGAUUUGAAAAGCUGAAGAAUGCUGUAUAUGUAUAUGAAAGCAAUCGUUGCUUGGCAACAAGAGUGCAGUCGUGGCGAGACGAAAUCGAACAGUUAUUGCUGAUUAUCAACUUGAAAUUCACACAAAACACAACGAAAAAAAUGAGGUUUCAGGGAAGCCUUUUUUAUGAUGUUGUGUUUGAAUAUUGUAAAGACGAUUCAUACAUGCCAGUUAUAGAUAGACUAGUAUACCUUUUAAAUUUUAAUGUUUCAGCAAUACUGACAAAUGGUACCAAUGGUAUUAAAGACAUGGAUAAAUGGUUGCAUAAUUUGUUAUCAUAAUGAACUGAAUCAUACCAUAUUAUCCAUUUUUCGCUAAAAGUAUUGGAGAAACGAAAUUCAAAU